UAGACGGAGGCGCGGCCCGGCGAUGCCCGCACCCGGCACGCGAUGAGCGCAGAGGCGGAGGUCCCCCGGGCGGAGGACGGCGCCGGCGGCCCGGCGCCCGGCUCGCCCGCCGGCAUGGAGCCCGCGAUGCCGCCCGCCUCCUCGCGGGCGGUGCCGGGGGGCGGCCUGUUCGGGUGGCUGCGCGGCCGCUGCCUGGGCCGCAGCGCCGCCGUGGACCCGGCGCGGGACACCUUCCGCGCCAUGACCGGGCUGUACGCCUCCAUCCAGCCCGCCGACUCGGUGUACCUCAGCACCCGCACGCACGGCGCCGUCUUCAACCUCGAGUACUCGCCCGACGGGUCAGUGUUGACUGUUGCUUGUGAACAGACUGAAGUACUGCUUUUUGACCCAAUAUCUUCAAAGCACAUCAAAACUCUCUCUGAAGCUCAUGAAGACUGUGUAAAUAAUAUCAGGUUUCUAGAUAAUCGAUUGUUUGCGACUUGUUCUGAUGACACUACAAUAGCACUUUGGGAUUUGAGAAAGCUGAACACAAAAGUGUGCACUUUACAUGGUCACACCAGCUGGGUUAAGAACAUCGAGUAUGAUACCAAUACGAGAUUACUAGUAACAUCAGGGUUUGAUGGAAAUGUGAUCAUCUGGGACACAAACAGGUGCACAGAAGAUGGUUGUCCCCACAAGAAGUUUUUUCACACUCGUUUUCUUAUGCGAAUGAGGCUGACACCAGACUGUUCCAAAAUGUUGAUCUCAACCUCCUCUGGAUAUCUUCUUAUUUUGCAUGACCUUGACCUAAACAAAUCUUUAGAGGUUGGCAGCUACCCAAUUUUAAGAGCUAGGAGGACUACGUCAAGUUCAGAUGUAACGUCAUCGGGUUCGUCAUCGGGUUCGUCAUCAGGUCUGUCUGGUCCUCGAACUGUUGGUUCACCAUGUCACCAGAAUGAUUCAGGUCCACUGCCUGAGAAACACAUGUCACGGUCCUCCCAGCGAGAAGGUGGAUCACCUAGAAAUAGUUUGGAGGUCUUAACACCAGAGGUUCCUGGAGAAAGAGAUCGAGGCAAUUGCAUUACAUCACUACAGCUACAUCCAAAAGGGUGGGCUACGCUUCUUCGGUGCUCAAGUAAUACAGAUGACCAGGAGUGGACUUGUGUCUAUGAAUUCCAGGAAGGAGCCCCUGUGCGCCCUGUCUCGCCUCGUUGUUCCCUGCGAUUGACUCAUUGCAUUGAAGAAGCCAACGUGGGCCGGGGUUACAUCAAAGAACUUUGUUUCAGUCCCGAUGGCCGGAUGAUUUCAUCCCCGCAUGGCUUUGGGAUCCGCUUGUUGGGGUUUGAUGCAUACUGCAGCGAACUUGUUGACUGUUUGCCCAAAGAAGCCAGUCCCCUGAAAGAAAUCCGUUCCCUCUACUCUCACAAUGAUGUGGUACUGACAACCAAGUUUUCUCCAACACACUGUCAGAUUGCCUCGGGGUGCCUUAGUGGACGUGUUUCUCUGUAUCAGCCAAAGUUCUAGGCACAUCUUGCAUCAACAGGACCUUCAGAUGUUUGUGGUUUUUACUUCAGUUCAGUUGAAGUGCAUUCUUUCUGAAAUACCUAAAUCCAGAUAAGGUCAUAGUUACUAUGAUCCAUGAACACAACAGGGGAACGAGCACUGUAUGCGUUCCUCAUACUGCAUCCGCAAGUCCGCUUCUGUGUGCUGUUUUCAGCCUUCCAAGCAGACCUCUGAUCCUGCUGAUCCUGUGCCAUUGAGUCAUUGUUCUGGUUUGUUUGUACCAUGAUACUUGUUGAUAAUUUCCUUCAGUGCAACUUGAAGUGGGCUGUUUGAAACAAAUGUAGAGGGGGCAAGGGUAUCAGUUCAGCCAAAACUUGCCCAGGCUCCCCAGGUACGGCACCCCCUUGUUCCAAAGGAGCUGGACUUCGUCACAUAUACUUUGUUGGCCUUUUCUGUUGCUGAAAUUACUAUAUGGUGAUUAUUAGAUAAUGAGCUGCUUUUCUCCGUAACUAACACAAUUAGUUACUGCCACAAAAAGAAAAAAUUUUGUUUGCAUUUAUGUAUUAAUUUGAUUGUUGGUGAUUGGCUAGAAAAAUGAGUCAACUUUCUGUAAUGUUUUGCUGCAGUUAAAACAUUUGGUUUUCUGUGAUUGUAUAUAUUGUGUUUAUUGCCAGAAGUAAGAGGUUCUGGAUGGAGAUGUAGCUGCAUUCUUCCCCUCAGAGAAUUUAGUAGGAAAAUACUGGGGCAGGGAAGCAGGGGUUGAAUGGGUGAAGACCCUGCCCUGUAACCACUGCAGACAAACUGGAAGUUUCGUAGAACGGAGGUGUCCUUGGUCAGCCUGUUUUGGGGAACUUUAACUCCUCGGCUGCCAUGGUUUCUGUUGUAGGGAGUUUUCCACAUCAGUAACAUAAACCUUCAUCCCAUGUGUGAAACUUAACACUGCAGAAUUUUCUGCUGAUGUUAAGCCUAUGUCCCUCCUACUGUUCUUCCACACCUCACCUGCACCGUUGCUGUGAGAGGAACUUGUCUAGGAUGUGUUCGUAGUAUCAUCAGAUAAGCCUUUCUUCACAUGUACUGCCAGUUUGGGAACAGACUAAGAGCAUGCCUGUCUACAGUAAGAUCUAUUUGGAUUUAGCCAGGCUUAUUGUAAGAUGUGAAAAAUGUUAAUGUUCACUAUUAAAUCACAUAUUAAGUAUGAAUGCCAAGUUUUAGCCCUCAAGUUACUAUAGCUAACCUUGUAAACGCACUGUUAUUUCAGUCUUGGAUGUCCAUAUCAGUUAAUAAUAUUCUCAUCAUUUUUAGUGUUUCACUAAGGUUUUGCUGACCAAUCACACAAUCAAUUCAGCAGGCAACUUUUCCUAAAAAAGGACUGUCGUAUGUUGGUGUUCAGAUUCACUAACUCCAGCUCGACAGAGCAUGCUUUUUAAAAGUUGAGUCUUACAAAGCCUUUUGCAAAAUAUGUGUUUGUGGGAAAAAGAGGACAUCUAUGAAGAUGAGAUAGCUGAACAUACAUAAGACUGACAAUCCUCUUGUAGUUUUGAAUUUGUGUAGGUAGCAUUCUCUGGUUAUUGGCAGAGAAGUCAUUGAAACUUAAGGCUCUUCUGCAUUAUGGGGAAAAAAAAUAUCUUAAAUUUCCUCUGUUGGAUAAUUUCUUUGGUAAUACAAAGCUUUCAAUAUUGGGUAUUUGGUAAUCUGAGAACUAGUUAAUUACUCCUGCCUUGGGUUUUCAUCAUCUCUAGCAACUGGCUGCUAAAGGACUACAUUCAAGUAGCUGACAGACUUCCUACUGUUUGGUAAAAGUCCUAAACUUUCUAUUCUCAUGGGUCUUCAACAUAAUUAUUUGGUGAUAGUGCCUCAGUAGAGUCUCCUCAGCUGGAGAAAGAAGAUUUUUUUUUUUAAGUAAAUAUACACCGUUAACUUAAAAUGCGUAAGUGUCCAUAGUCUUCUCAGAUAGCAACUCAUAGUUUGAAGUGUUCCAUAGCACAUCUUCUGAGCAGUUCCAUUGUUGUUGAAACUAUUGUCCUGAACUCGAAAGUAGACUGAUGAAAUCGUAAAUGAAGAGAGAUGCCCUAUUUUCUAAAACACUGACUCUUAACUUCAAACACUUUUGAAUGCUUUUGGAACCGUGUGCAAGGAACACAAUGCAUAAAAAAGGUAUUUUUUCACUUUAAUUGGCCAAGCCAUGAAAAAUGGUGCCUGGUGCCUGAAUGGAUAAAAUAUGCAAGUGUAUCUGAGACCAGUUGCAUACAUCACUGCCAUUUGCAUCCAGCUCCUUUUGCGGGAGUGUUACAGCCUGUGAACCCGAGCUUACAUCUGGGAGAGGUUGGAUUUGUUGGUUUUUUUAGAAGCAGAUAAGUUCCUUCGUCUGUGACUUAAAGCAGUAGAAGUGUGCAGAGAACUUGAGGACAGUUGUGGAAUACAAGAUUUUUAUGCAAAAUAGGAGCUAAGCUGCAAGAGUGUUUGAUUGGCCAAGCUGUUUGGGAAAAAAACCAAAAAAAACCCCAGUAGCAGUGUGUGGCAAAACUUGUGUGUGGAUACUCUGUUCUUGACAUUAGUCCAGUGGAAGUGCUAAGCUUCCUGUUCCUGAAGUAUUUUGAAACAGAAUGAAGUAUGACUUACGAACACUUGCAUUUCUCUGUCCUCCCCUGCAUUGAAAGUUGUGGCCUGUUAGUAAUUAAGGAACAGGUUCUCCUCCUGUCCCCACACUGCACCAUGAUGGCUUUUCCCCUAAGCACUCGCUCUCCCCACAUCUAGGCUGCUGUUUUCUCAUUUAAUAUUUAUUACUAAACAUCAUUAAAGGGACUACAGGUAACAUUUUGAAGAAAUCUUAAAUACUGUUGUUACAGGCUUGAACCAUGUUUGUUUUGGAGGCAAAGCAGCACCCAUGAAAUCAAAACAGUUCUUGGGUCUGUUUGUUUUCGUAGCUGGUCUUGGUUUUUCCUAUCAGAAAUUCCCUGAACUGGUAGAUUGCUUACGAGUUUAAUUCUAUGCCUGUUAAUAUGCACUGAGUGUUACUUUUUAAAUUCUACCUCAAGAUAUGCUGGUUUUUACAAGAGUAUUGUGCUGAAACAUUGGACACAACUUUUCUGUCUAAAGAACUGUUACUCCAAAGCGACACGUGUCAUUACAUGUAGGUGCACAGCACCAAGAGUGGUGGGUUGACCAGCCCUGCCCAGCUCUGGAAACCAGGACCACUGGGGUGUUGUAGGACUGAUGCUAAAAGUUGACCUGGUUAAGGGGUUUCAUGAUACGUUGAUGCUUUUGUAGCAUGUCCUGCAGAUGCAUAUUAAGAUGGAUGCUGUCCAUGUAUGCUGUAGAAAUGUUACAGGUUCUUCUGAUUACAUUUGUAAUAAGUUUGAAUUAGAGUAAGUAGGUAGUCUUAAAUUUUGAUCAUUUGACUACUCCUUUUCAACAAUACUUGGAAUUUUUCAAUGAAAGUUAAUCUAUUUUACCAAUGAAGUUCACGUAACUUAUUGAAACACUAUUCAGUAGUUUAUAACUGAUAUGCCUUGCAGUUGCAUCUUGGUGGAAGGAGUGAUUUUCAGUUGUCUUUCUGAAUAGUAUUACCUUGCCUUAUUGAGUUAAUGAAGUAAUUUGUUGGUGAGCUUUGGAUUAUUUCUAGAUAGUAUAAAAAGAAGAAAAAAAAAGGUUUAUCUUACUGUUAUGUUUCAAAAGAUAAUGAAUUCUUAACCUUCCAGAGCUAUAUAAAACUGUCUGAAAUAAAUACAAGAAAAUGUUUCAAAUGGUAGAUGAAAGACUGCACUAACAGCAAAGUAUGGUAGUGGUUCAUACCAGAGGUUUCUUUAAACUGGUUUACUUUUGACCACUCAAGUGUUACAUCAUUUGAUAAAUUUUACAGUAUUUCUACUGAAGAUAGAACUCUGUUUGAUUCUAAAGCAUGCAGUAUGUUUUUAAACGCAUGGUUUCGUAUUCAUUAACUUCUGUAGUUAAAGAAUUCUUCCAUUCACAGCAUGGCUGAUCAGCAGAAGCAGAUAAACUGCAUAAUUAAGAUCUCUAUAGGAAUGUCAACAUAUAGCAAAAACCAAACUAGUGUUUGAAGCUAGUGAUCCUUUUGUAGUAGUCCAGUGACUGUAUGUUGUGGGAGUAAAUGCAUUUUCUGAGUAUUCCAUUGGAGGUCAGUCUUUAAAUCACUGCAGCACUCUUAAGACAUUUGUGGGGAGGGGGAGAAAAACUGUUAAUGGGACUAUACAAUGACAUGUAUAUGUACUUUCUCUGUGUGUGUGUGGGUGUGUAUUCCAAUAUACAUACAGCCAUGGGGCAUCAGUCCACUCGUCAAACAUGGGUAGUUCAGGGAAAAAUGUAACCUCCAAACAGAACUAUUGGGGAUAGGAAGAAAAGCACAGUGAUGGCAGACACACACGUUUGCACUCUUGGAGUCUUGGUGAGGACAGUUUGAUUGCCUACUACCAGAAUUAGAAUGUAAAGAUCAGGUUUUUCUGGGAGCUUGGGGGGGGAGGGGGUGUGUGAGUUGGUUGAUUUUGGUGGAGGGUUUUUUGUUUGGUGGGUUUUUUUGUUGUUGCUUUUUUGGUUUUAGUUGUGGGGUUUUUUUUAAUUUGGUUAACAGUGAUGUAGAGAAGGUCCUGAUACCAUAAAAUGUGGGUCUGUUGCUCUAAAAAAUGUGAACUCUUAGAAAAAAAGAAACACACUUGCCAAAUGAAAGCUUUUUAAAAAAUCUAGUUUACAAGAUUCUAAAAAGUUGGAGUAAAAGGAAAGAGUCAACAGCCUAUACUAUUUUUAUCCUGCAGGAAAAAAACUUCUCAUUUCCUGAUCUGAGGCAAAGGUGCAUUUUCUUAAGCACUAAGUAUCUUCAGUUAAGUAUAAGGUUUUUAACACAAUAACAAAUUGUGCAUGUAGAAUAUUUUGAAAUACCUGAGAUUUCAUAGUAAAAAUUGUAGCCUUUUAAUACAGUAUAGAAAGUAUCAGAACUGCUCUGAAAAUAUUGUACUUACAGCCGUACAGUAACUUACUAUUGUGGACAGUUUCUCUUGCUUGCAUAAUAAAUUAAACAUUUAAUAAUUCAAUGAAUUAAAAAUCUAUCUUAAUGGAUUUAUCUUACACUGAGCUCUGUUCUGUAAUGCUCACUGGCUGUUGCCUACUCCCUACAACUAAUAGGAAAAUAACCUCUGUGCACAGGUCUCUUUCCCUCCACCAGUUCCUUUGCUAACGUUUACUGUCAAGCAUGCUUGUGAGAACAACUCACUCAUGAAGCCUAGAAAGCAGGACAUAUGUUGGGGCUGGCAUGGCAAUUACAACCUAAGUGUAAUUAACGAUUCUGUUGCGUGAGAAAGUACCUGCGGGGUAAAGAGCUCCUUUUGUUCAGACAGCAACACCUUGAAGGCAGCAUUGCUGUUGUAAAAUUUUGCUGAAGAAGUCUUGCAGGGGUGAGCAGGCAACUGUCUGCCCACAGGAAACAGCCUGAAAACUACCCUGCCUGCUCUGCCCUGGAUAGCUGUCUCCAAGGCAGAGUCAUGGGUUGCCUGGGUCGAGUAACACUCUGCCCUGUUACACUUCCACUUGCAAAGGUUUGGGCUCCAGUGAAGCAACUAGGCACAGUGAAAAAACAGCGUUGCACAAAACUGAAUUCUGUCUCAGCAUCACCUGAGGAGCAGAUCAGUGUCACAGUGUCAUGCAGGACUAAUGGGGCACAAGGGGCACUGCACGCUCAGGGCAUGUUGUGCAUGUCACUUGGUCACCUGCUGUUUCCUGUAAAUGAGGCCUCAACACAUGCAAGAGCAACAUCUGGGUUUAAAUCAGAAUGUGGAUUUGAGUUGGGGCAAAAGACUACAAGCUAAGCAGAUGUAGCCCUGGCUUUGCUAUAAAGGUGGUAAUAGUAAGCUGCUGAUGCGCUUCUCAAGGUUAUGUGUCACAGACCCAGCAGUAGUGCUUUCCCAUCACAUGGUCCUGAAAAAUGAGUCAAAAUUUUACUCUGAACCCCUUAUUCAUACAACAGUCCUGUUUGAUGCAGACCACCACAGCAGGCAGUGGUACACAGUCUGUACCCUGCCUAACAUAAUACACUAUAUUGUUUACCUGCCCUGACAGUGCAUAAAUGCUGUUUGGGCUUGACAGCGCUUGUCUUGCUUUCUCUUGCACCCUUAUUAUACACUGCAUAAUAAAUGAGGGGAAAGCUGUCUCUGUACUUGUUAAGAGAUAGGAUGGCAUUAGUUUCUCUUAGAAAAAAAACCUAAGUGGACUAUCGCAGUCCAACUGACUUGUGACGUUUAUUUCUCAUAGCUGUUAUUGGAGCCU